AUGGAGUCGGAAAAGCAGCGGCAGCACGAGGCCGACAGUCUGCGGACGGUCGCCUUUUUCGGCGUCGCCCUCUCAACGAUUGCCACAUUUGUUUGCGUCAUUUCGGUCCCUAUGAUCUACAAUUACAUGCAACAUGUGCAGUCGGUCAUGCAGUCGGAGGUCGAUUUCUGUAAAAGCCGAUCUGGCAACAUUUGGAGAGAGGUGACGAGGACUCAGGUACGUUAAAAUUGGAUUUUUGGGAGAUUCAGAUUUUUUGAUUUACUGUCGGCCCAAAAUUUUAAUUUUUUGAUUUGUCAUCAUAAAUGAAUUUUUUUGAAUUUUGCCUAAACUUUUGUUUUAAUUAAGAUCAGAGGAUUUCUGCACGUAUUUUAAAAAAUGUUUAGGUCCUUUCCAACGUUCAUCCUCGGCACGCUCGUCAAGCCGGCUACUCCUAUGGUGAGCCAGCCGCCGUCUCCAACUACCAACCCCAACACGCCGCGAUUCCCGCCGCUCAACCCACUGGCUGCUGCGGCUGCGGCGUCUCUCCACCCGGCCCACCCGGACCCCCAGGCCCAGACGGACAGAACGGAGACGACGGACAACCUGGAACCAACGGACAGGACGGUCAACCCGGUCCACCACCAAGACAAGCCGCUCCUAUCCUCAACCCCUGCCAAACUUGUGCUCCAGCGGCGCCAGGACCCGCCGGAAACCCCGGACCCAAGGGACGACCAGGAAACGUCGGCGCUCCAGGCAAACACGCCGACGGCGGAGUCCGUGGCCCUCCUGGACCACCAGGACCUCCCGGACAAUCGGGAAGACCCGGAUACCCCGGACAGCCCGGUCAACGAGGACAGCCCGGAGUUGUGCGAGAUGUUCCCGGACGGCCAGGCCCCGCCGGACCCCCAGGCCCUCCAGGCAGACCAGGCCAGCCCGGACAGGCGGGACAGCCCGGUCAGAACGGCCAACCAGGACAACAAGGACCUUCGGGAGACGCUGGACAGCCAGGAUCGGCCGGAAAGCCCGGCUCCUCAGGCGAAGGAGGAGCCCAAGGACAGCAGGGAGCGCCCGGAUCUUGCGACCACUGCCCACCGCCACGAACUGCCCCCGGCUAUUAG